AUGGCCUUCCUAGAAGACCCCCGCCUGCGACAACGCUGGAACCAAAUUACACACGAUGCGGAGGCUGUUACCGAAAAUGCCGCCGCUGGCAUCUGGUCCUUCCAGCAGCACUACAUCAACCCCUGCCUCGGAUACCUGAGCCACUCGGCCGAGCAGUGCACCGCCGUGUGCUUAGGCGACCCCGACGAGCGCAUGCGCCGUCGGCGAGAGCGCGAGCGCGGCGGCGCCGGCGCCGAAUACUCGUUCGACUUCUACGACGACUGGUACGGCCAGGACGAUGCCCAGGAUGGCGGCGCCGGCGCUGGCUUUUUCGGCAGUUGGGCUGGCGAGGACUGGGAUCGCCUCCUUGCCGGCAGCGGCAGCCAGCGCAAACAUCUCGGCGGCGAGGGCGCGACAGCCGAGCAGCCUCGGCGGAAGCGCGGCAUGAGCUACGGGACCAGGGGAACGCGACGCAAGGCCAGCGAGCACGAUCCCACCAUCAUUCCCAGCACGCAGCCCAUCGGCUUCCUCAGCAAGUUGCCCUGGAAGAUGGGCGGCACCCUGCGAUACAAGCCCAGCGCUGCCGACCUGCAGGACAACCCUGGCAAACAUGAGGUUCUCGAAACGGCACCUCUCCUCGGCAGCGACGACGAAUCUGACUACGGCCAGCUCAUCGUCUCCCGCAAACGAAGCGGCACCACGGGAUCUGGUGGCACCGGAGGCACAUCGGACUCCUACCGUUCACGCGGCGACCUGUUUCCCUCUGACGGUGAGGGUGAGGAAGACGCCGUGGUUUUGGACGACGACGUCACCUACGACAUGGUCCGAAACGAUCGCAGCAGUGCGAAGAGUGACAAGACGAGGAGCAGCAAGGGCAAGCGACCGGCCAAAGGCGAGGGCUUCUUUGCAUCAAGAACCCUCUCGAGAACGACGAUAGCAUCUAACUCAUCCGCCGACACCAUGCCUCUACGACGCUCCAUAUCAUCGCUCGCAAUCAGCCCCGCGGUUGAGCGCGUACCAUCCCUGCAGGACUUGCAACUGGAGGAGGACAGGCUGCGGGACGAAGAAGAGCAAUACAUUGCCCACAGGAAAGAAGCAGCGGCGCAAUUGGCCACACAACUUGGGCUCUCACCAACGGAUACGGAUACGUACUCGAUUGCCGAAUCCAAACGGCUACCUUCGACAGGUGAUGAACCUAUCCCGCUACCCACACAUGAAUCUUUGCGACAACCGUUGGAAAUGGCCAGCGAUGUGACGAGCGAGGAACAACAUAAAUUCAAACCGAGGCAAGACUCACAAACAACACCACAGGAGUUCGUCCCUGCGCGGCUGCCACACUUUGGCUCAUGA